GUGGCUAACACGCUAACGUUUCCGUUUAACAUAUACUAAUCCGGAGUGAAGCGCCAGAGCCUGUGUGGAUAGAGAAACGAGUUUAAAGCGGAACCUUUUAGAUAGAAAAGAGUUCAAAGUGGAAACUUUGGUUUCGCCUCAGACUCAUCUCCUGUUAGCCACGAAUGCUAACUGAAGUUAGCUUAGCUUGCUAGCUGGAAAUAGACGGAACUCGGCCACACAGCGCUGGUUGGAGGAACUCUGAGUCCAAACUGUGUUUUUCAUUUGUUUAAAAUGUCUAAAGUCCAGAUGCUGAGAGGUUUUAUCAACCAGCGACUAACUGCGGCUGCUGAAGAGAUAUUUGGGCUGUUUGAAAGAACGAUAUCAGAGUACGAGGAGGAACUCUGUCGUUCCAAAGAGGAGAACCAGAGACACAGGAAACUACUGGACGCUGUUUUCCAGCCUGAAGUCCGGUUACACAGAGCAGGCGUCCAGCAGCUGUUGGUGAGUAAAGAAGAGGUUUCCCCUGAGGAGCAGCAGCAGUGGAGCCACAGGCUGGACCAGGAGGACCCACCAGAGCCGCCACACAUUAAAGAGGAACAGGAAGAGCUCUGGACCAGUCAUGAGGGAGAGCAGCUUCCAGGACUGGAGGACGCUGAUAUCACCAAGUUCCCAUUCACUCUUGUCCCUGUGAAGAGUGAAGAAGAUGAAGAGAAACCUCAGUCCUCACAGCUUCAUCAAAGCCAGACUGAAGAGAACAGAGAUGCAGAUCAUUUGAACUCUGACUGUGCUACAAGCUUUGGCCACAAGGAAUAUCUGCACAAACACAAAGCAACUGAAACAGGAGUGAACCAAUUUAGUUUCUCAGUUUGUGGUAAAAGAUACCUUGUGAAAAAGUCCUUAAUGACUCAUAUGAGACUUAAUGCGGAAGGAGAACAUUUCAGCUGCUCAGUUUGUAAAAAAACAUUUAAAUGGAGAACAGAUCUUGAGACUCACAGGAGAAUGCACACAGAGAGGGAGAAACCAUUUAGCUGUUCAGUUUGUGGUAAACGAUUUGCAAAAAAGGCAUAUUUGACUCAACACUUGACAGUCCACACAGGGGAGAAACCAUUUACGUGUUCAAUUUGUGGAAAAAGGUUUGCGCAAAAGGGGGUUCUUGGUCGACACUUGAUGGUCCACGCAGGGGUGAAACCAUUUAGUUGUUCAAUUUGUGGUAAAACAUUUGCACGAAAGGAUAAUCAGAGACAGCACAUGAAGUUCCAUUUAGAAGAGAAACCAUUUAGUUGUUCAGUUUGUGGUAAAGGAUUUACUCAAAGAACAACUCUGAAUCGACACGUGAUCCUCCACACUGGGGAUAAACCAUUCAGUUGUUCAGUUUGUGGUAAACAAUUUGCACAAAAGGCAAAUCUGAGUCAACACAGGAUCCUUCACACAGGGGAAAAACGAUUUAGCUGUUCAGUUUGUGGUAAACGAUUUUCAGUAAACGGAAAUCUGAGACAACACUUGACUCUCCACACAGGGGAGAAACCAUUUAGUUGUUCAGUUUGUGGUAAACAAUUUGCAAAAAAGGCAUAUCUAAGACAACACUUGACAGUCCACACAGGGGAGAAACCAUUUACUUGUUCAAUUUGUGGCAAAACAUUUGCGCAAAAGGGAGUUCUUAGUCGACACUUGAUGCUCCACACAGGGGAGAAACCAUUUAGUUGCUCAAUUUGUGGUAAAAAAUUUGCUAAAAAGGCAAAUCUGAGUCAACACUUGACAGUGCACACAGGGGAGAAACCAUUUACUUGUUCAAUUUGUGGCAAAACAUUUGCGCAAAAGGGAGUUCUUAGUCGACACUUGAUCCUCCACACAGGGGAGAAACCCUUUAAUUGUUCAGUUUGUGGUAAACAAUUUGCACAAAAGGGCAAUCUGAGUCAACACUUGACUCUCCACACAGGGGAGAAACCGUUUAGCUGUUCAGUUUGUGGUAAAAGAUUCUCAAUAAAGGGAAAUCUAAGACAACACUUGACUCUCCACACAGGUGAGAAACCAUUUAGUUGUUCAAUUUGUGGCAAACAAUUUGCAAAAAAGGCAUAUCUGGGACAACACUUGACAGUCCACAGAGAGGAGAAAUCGUUUAGUUGUAGUGUUUGUGAUAAAAGAUUCACUCUGCUAGAUGAACUCAACACACACAAGUGCGUUGUUGAGAACAGCGGAAGAAAUGAAGCUGCUUGUGGAGAUGUUUUUUUCCAGCAGGAUUGAAUUACUGAGGUCAGGACUCUCAACAGUGAUCAGCUAAAAAAUGUGACAUAGACGUCAAAAUAAGUUCUGCUUCAUCUUCUCCACAUGAUCAUAUACUAAUGUUUUUAUUUCAGUCAAAAAUAUUUCAUUGUUUCUUGUGCACUGUGCUUUUUGGUACUACAUGAUUGCAUUGAUGUGCAGUUGAUUAAUUAAACAACUGAUUGGUUAACUGCUUA